AACUGGGAGGGCGCUACUACUACUUACAGUUCCUGGCUCUAGCCCGCUUGGUUGGACGGCGAUGCGGCGGAGAUCCCUGCCCCUUCGCGCCCUGAGUGUGGCGCAGCCGAGCGUUCCGGCGGGGCUGUGUCUCCUCGCGGGUCUGUCCCUGUUGCUACUGCUGUGUCCACUGGCUGUGCAGGGUGACUGCAGUGAUCCCCCAGCGGUACCAAAUGCCCAGCCAGAUUUGAAAGGUCUUGCAAGUUUUCCUCCGCAAAGCACAGUAACAUACAAGUGUAAUGAAGGCUUUGUAAAAAUUCCUGACAAGGCAAACUCAGUGGUCUGUCUUGACAACAAUCAGUGGUCAGAUAUUGAAGAAUUCUGUAAUCGUAGCUGUGGUGUUCCAACAAGACUACAGUUUGCAUCACUCAAAAAGGUUUAUAGCGAAAAGAAUUAUUUUCCAGUUGGUUUCACUGUGGAAUAUGAGUGUCGUCUGGGCUACAGAAGAGAUCCUACUUUAUCAGGAAAAUUAACUUGCCUUCCAAAUUUAGAAUGGUCCCAACCAGUUCAAUUCUGUAAAAAAAAAUCAUGCCCUAAUCCUGGAGAAUUACAAAAUGGUCAUAUCAAUAUAACGUCUGGCACAUUAUUUGGUGCAGCCAUCUACUUCUCAUGUAACCUAGGGUACAAAUUAUAUGGCUCAACUUCUAGUUUAUGCAUUGUUACGGGCAAUACUGUUGAUUGGAGUGACUCAUUGCCAGAGUGCAGAGAAAUUGAAUGUCUAGCCCCACCAGAAAUUAAAAAUGGAGUAAUACUUGGGGGGAAACAUGACACUUAUCUACAAAGUCAGACUAUAACAUAUAUGUGUAAUAAAGGCUUCACCCUGAUUGGAGAGAGAUCUAUUUAUUGUACUGUGAAUGACGAUGAAGGAGAAUGGAGUGGCCCGCCACCUGAAUGCAAAGAAAAAUCUCCAACUUCCAAGCCUCCACCACCAGUGCAGAGACCUACUACAGUAAAUGUUCCAGGUACAAAAGUCACAACUACUUCUCAAACACCCACCAGAAGUACUGUUCAAGGUACAGAAGCCCCAUCAAUUCUUCAAAAACACACCACAGUAAAUAUUCUAGCUACAGGAGACACACCGAGUCCUCAGAAACCCACAACAGUAAAGGUUCCAGCUACAAAAAUGACACCAACUCCUCAACACAUUACAGCAAAUGUUCCAGCUACAAGAGUCACACCAACUCCCCAGAAACCCACAACAGUAAAUGUUCCAGUUACAGGAAUCACAUCAACUCCUCAGAAACCCACCACAGUAAAUAUUUCAGCUACAGGAGUCACACCAACUCUUCAGAAGUUCACCACAGCAAAUGAUUCAGCCACAGAGGCCCCAUCAACAGCUCUUUCAUCUUUCAUAUCAAAUACCCUAUCUGCAAAGACCCCACCAGUAGCUCAGAAUCCCAACAUGGCUAAUGCUUCUGCUCCACAGGCCAUACCAACAGUCCAAAGAUUCACCAUAGAAAAAGCUUUAUUUACACAGAGUUUUCCAGCAACACAAAAGUCCACUCUUGUACAUGUCCCAGUGACUAAGGGUCUCCAAAGAUUCACUUCUGCUCAUAUUGCAGCAACUGUUUCCCGGACAACCAAACAUCAUAUCAAAAGCACAGCUACAGGAAAACAAACCCCUUCAGGUGCUAUCACCUUAAUAUAUGGAGACACAUGUUUAACAUUGACAGUUUUGCUUUCGAUACUAGUAUCCAUUGGCUGACUGACUUAGUCAAAGAAGAGUUAAGAAGAAAGUAUAUACAAGUACACAGACUGUUUCUAGUUCCUUAGACCUAUCUGCAGGCAUGGAUAUAAUAAAUGAAAUAGUGCUCUUCAUUUCUAAUGUUAUCACUGCCUUUAAGAUGUGUUAGGAAUGUCAACAAAUCAAGGAGAAAGGAUUUGUUCCUGGAAUCACAUUCUUAACACACCUAAACCUCUUAGAAAUAGAACAACUCAAAGAAUUGAGUGAUCACUUUCCUAAAAGUGUAGGAAAGUAUAGAAAUUUGUUAAUACUUAGAAUGGGAGCAUGAAGAAAAGAAAAUAAGUGAUUUUUCCCCUGCUAGAUGUAUAAUGUUAUUUCUACUUAAAAAAAAAAUUAAAAACAUUGGACAUCAAAAACAAAAAA